AUGGAUUUUGAGGACCAUUUCACAAGCCAUGAGUACUGUAGGUUAUACUGGACAAACUUCGAAUCCUUUGUAGAACAAUGCAGUCCAAGCCCUGAAUGCAACCGCCCAUCGUCAGAGAUUGAUGGCGUAAAAAUUACUGACAACCAUGAAAAUGAUAGAGACGACAUACUGGAUGCAGCUGACGAGGAAUCGGACCUGCAGCAAAAACAUGUUCAAGCAGUCCUGGAUGAUGAAGAGAUAUAUGUUGAACAACUUCAGAAUGAUGAAAUUAGAAUCGACAGUGAUAACUUUGGCAAUCUCGUACCAAAAGCUGCUCAAGUGAUGGAUUACCUCCACCGAGACGAGAAAUUUAACAAUAUAUGCAUAUGGGAUUUUGUGGCUCAGGUUGACAAGGUGAAAAACUCCAGGAAAAAGAAGAAAUCGAAGCUUGAUGACGUGAACAAUGAUGAUGAAGAUGACGAUGAUGAUAUUGACCACUCAGGCCGGUGCGAAGAUGAACUUGAGGAAUCUAUGAGUGAUAAUGAACCUGACGAAAACAUGGAUAUCGAAAAAUCGCCAGGAACAUGA